CAGAAAGCUUCAGACAGCCGAAGAGCUGCAGUUUUCUUAUUCUGCUGGAGGCGAAAUUAAACAUUUUUCACCCAAGAAAAGUCCAGAAAAGAGGAAAAGCGAAAGAAACAGUUCGAGGAAAAACAGUUUUUAUCGACUUCCGGUGAGGAUAUCUGGAGGAAAACUAACCGGCUGCAGCUCGGUCGCUGCAGGAUGUGACAGAGGAUCAACACAGAACACUGCAGCAGGAACCACAUCCACGAUCGACAGACGCUGCAGACAAACAUGUCUCUGUUCUUCUCCGGAGCUGUUACAAGCUCACCUAUUAAACGAAGGUUGAGGAGCAGUCACUCCUGUCAUGGCCUCGACGUUUCUCUCCUCUCUCCCGACUCUUCGUACGUUUGUUAUCCCUCUGCGGACGGCAGCGAUCCCUGCAGCUGCCGCCGCUCGCCACGACUCCUCACCAACGGAUACUACGACGUUACUGAGGAUAGUUUCUCCUGGGACAACGACGGCAACGUGUCGCUGACGCCCUGCAAAACCAACGUUUCCUACAAGGAGAACCUGGUCAGGGUUUUCCGGCGCCGACGGAGGCCCCGCAGCUCUCUGGUUCGCCUGCUGAGCGACGUGACUGAAAGCUGCCAGUCGUGGCUGGAUGAGAAAGUCUUCAGAGGCGUGUUCAGGACCAACCAGAACCAGAACCAGAGGAAGGACCAGAACCAGAGGCAGGACCAGAACCAGAGGCAAGACCAGGACCUGAGCCAGGACCAAGACCUGGACCUGGAUUGGACCAGGAGUAGCGUGGAGGGCCCGGCCCGGCUGGACGAGUCGUCCUGGGGUGGACUGAACAGCACAGAGCUGGACGAUAGCCGCACCUUCACAUACGAUCCCACCGAAGUCCCGCCUCCUCCAGACAAAGUGGCUCCGCCCCGGAAGAUACUCAUCCAGGAGGAGAUUUGCUCCGAGAUCUGUCAAUCAAAGGAGCGUUUCACCCAGUCGCUGGGCGGAUUAUCUGAAGUCCCGCCUCCCUCACUUUUCUACACCAACACCUGCUGCUGUCAGGCCACACCUGAGGACACAGGAUUAACGAUGAAGGCUCUCCUCCUUCUCAUCUUCAUCGUCUUCAUCUUUGCUGUUCUUUACUCCGGGUGUUUGUGGUGGAGCUUCACUGUAACGUCCACCGUGUUCAUGAUGAUGUCAACGUGUAUGCUUGUGACAAAGUCAGGACCGCUGGGCGAGUGGAGGAAGGCGAAGACGGAGGACAUUACGUCAAGAAACGAGUAAAGGAAAACCUCAAGGAGUUGGUUUCAAUGAGAAACUGGAAGAGAGGAAGAAGAAAAGGUGUGACGGGACUCAGUAGAAAUACGAUAUUAGUUUUUGUUUCACUUUCUGUUUGCAUGUCAGCUGCACUUAAAGGGCAAAGUUGCUCUGAGCUCCGGAAAACAUUUCACAGCAGCAGCGGAAAAUUCCUGCUUUCUGAAUGUAAAUCUUUAAUUAAAUAGCUAAAUACAAGCAUUUUUAACCUUUAAAGUCAGAUUAAAGAUGAAACCGUGAAUAAUCUGACUGAACCUUCAGCUAGUAAAUGCUGUUAAAUUGUCGAAGGAGCUCAGAGACACGAGUUACUGUAGUUUAGCAGCUAAAUAACGUCAUAUCAAAUAUAAAAUGUACCUGCAAAGUGUAUUUUCCUUCGUUAGCGGCUGUUUUUGAGCUGCCCAAAGUGACCAAAUGUCAGAUUUUUCACGUCUGCAGAACGAAUUCAGGUUUAAAGAAACACAAACAGGGAGCCUCACUUCUAUUUAAGAUAAGAGCUGUGACUUUUUCUAAAAACCAAAUGCACAAAAAUCACCUGGAAUUUUAAACGCAGGAGA